AUGGGUCUUCUCCGUUUCACCGUCGGCAUUUUCGGAAAUGUAACUGCGCUUCUCAUGUACUUGGCACCAACGAUUACAUUCAGGAGGAUCGUACGGAGCCGCUCGACGGAGCAGUUCUCGGGCGUCCCAUAUGUGAUCACCCUGCUUAAUUGUCUUCUCUAUUGCUGGUACGGCUUGCCGUUUGUGUCUCCAAAUAACCUUCUGCUAUCAACCAUCACCGGGAUCGGAGCUGUGAUUGAGUUCACAUAUGUGUUGGUUUUCGUCAUCUACGCUCCCAAGAAGGAGAGGACCAAGAUUCUGGUGCUCGUCGCUCUUGCCGUCGCCAUAUUCUCUACCGUCGCUCUCAUCUCCUUCUUUGUUUUCCAUGGAAAAACUAGGAAGCUCUUCGCCGGCGUGUUCGUCGACAUUUUUGCUGUCGCCAUGUUUGCUUCGCCUCUUUCGGUCAUGAGAUUGGUGAUCAAGACCGAAAGUGUGGAGUUCAUGCCCUUUUUCCUAUCGCUAUUCGGCUUAUUGUGUGCGGUUAGCUGGUCCAUUUUCGGCUUGAUUAAUCGGGAUCCUUUCGUCAUAGUGCCCAAUGCACUUGGAUCGGGAUUAGGAGUUGCUCAGAUGUCCUUAUACGCAAUGUACCACAAGCGUAAACAUCAGCAUGACAACGUCGUGAAAGAUGGAUCCUUGGAGACGGAUUUGCAGAUGCCCCACGAGAAGCAACGACCAAAAACUCAUCAGCUGGAGCAUGGCCGCUCUCAGAACUUAUGA